AAACCCAUUACUAAUACUAAACCAGAGGGAGAGCGGGAGAGCGGGAGGAGGAGAGGGCCAUAAAAUCCAGUUCCAUAGGAUCAAUUCAAUAUUAAUUCUUGUUCAUAAAUCCUUAAAAACAAAUCUCUACUGCCACUGCCUGUGGCUGAAGUUGGCAAAUUUCUGGAAAGUGGAAAGGAAGUAUGGGAGAUUCAUUGGGUUUGAUAAAAGUUACAGUCGUGCAAGGGCAAAGACUGGUAAUCCGGGAUUUCAAGAGCAGCGACCCUUAUGUUGUUGUCAAGUUGGGCAAUCAGGGGGCUAAAACCAAGGUUAUCAACAGUUGCCUCAAUCCAGUUUGGAAUGAAGAGCUAAGCUUCUUCCUUAAGGAGCCGAUUGAAGUUCUAAGUUUGGAAGUGUUCGACAAAGACUUUCUGAAGACGGAUGAUAAGAUGGGACAUGCUCACCUCAGCCUUCAGCCAAUAGUCUCCGCAGCUAGAUUGAGACAGAUUUUGAGUGUUUCAUCCGGUGAGACAACAUUAAGGAAGGUUGUCCCAGAUGGUGAAAAUUGCCUAGUUAGGGAAAGCUCCAUCGCUUGUGUAGACGGUGAGGUGGUGCAGAGUGUUUGGUUGAGGCUUUGUGACGUCGAGUCAGGGGAAAUAGAACUGAAAAUCAAGUUACCUAAAGCGCUGGUUGCUUAGUGCAGAAUUCAGGAUCGGCUUAGGUGUAGACCUCUUAACAGUGGGGAGAAUAUAGCUUGGUCAUUUUCUGUUGCAACUCCUCUAGGAAAACCUAGUAUGAAUAUGUACUAGGCUACUAGCCCAGCUGCCCAAGGGGGGGGGGGGGUUGGUUGUUUGAACUUGUGAAGACUCAUUAAUCUGGAAUCCUGUGCAUGUAUAAAUGUAAUCUAGGUUUUAUGGAUAAUGUAGAAACUCGAGGUUUUGCUUAUUGAUUAAGGGAGUAGCUGAUCACAUUCUCAUCUAUUUUCUCUUGUUCA